ACACAAGAUAACGAGAAGGACCGCGCGCUGGUGAUUGUCGCUCGCUACAUACCUUCAUGUUGCCCACACUUAUUGAAGCUGUUUUAGUGAUACAUUGUUAUUGGUUAUUACAGUAAAUACUAAACAUUUGCGGGAACAUCUGUAGGUAGUCGAAUUUAGCACCUAUUUAGGUGCUUUGCUUAUGCAAAGACGAAUUAGCUUGCUAGUAGCCUAGGCGUUAAAGCUGCAACAGCAUCUUUUCUUCAGGAGACAAUGACCUCCGCCUCCACGAAAGUGGGAGAAAUCUUCUCAGCAGCAGGUGCUGCCUUUACCAAACUGGGUGAAUUGACAAUGCAGUUACAUCCAGUGGCUGAAGCCAGUCCAGCUGGGGCUCAGGUCAAGACACCAGUGAAGAGGAAACUGUAUGAAAACAGUGGUGUCUCUCUGUCCUCUGACUCCCAGAAGAAAAGUGCAAAGAAGCCUCCACCUGCUCCAGCUCCACCUGCUGUCAUAACUGUGCCAGCCUCUCAAGUCGUCCUGACAACGGGAGUUCGAGGAUCCUCCCCGGCUCACCCCUCCAUAAAAAAACAGAAGACUGCAGAUGUCACUCUAAGCGCAUUGAAUGAUUCGGAUGUCAACAGUGACCUGGUAGACAUAGAAGGUCUCGGGGAAGGUUCAUCUAAGAAACUUAAUUUUGAUCAGGAGAGCCUCAAUCUUGACUCCAACCUGAUCAUGAAUUCUAGUGAUCUUCCCCUGCUGUCUCGUUGAGCCUUCUCACUAUUGCAAUCCCGAGGGUUAUCCAUGUGUUUCCAUCAAGCAACAAACAGCCGAUAUCUACAUACUGGGUCUCCGUCAGUUGUUGUUGCAGCAGACCUUUUGUGUUGUUUCAUCGUGGGCACCUAUCAUGCUAAAACUGUUGGAUGGUAUGUUGCCAACAUUUUGUGCAAGAAAAAUCUUUUUAUAUUACAGUGUACAUAAAAGGGUGUGUAAUUUUAAACUGGAGUUUAAAGUUGUAGUCUACAUGUAAGAACGGCCUUGGGAAUUUCCUUGUAUGGAUGAAAGUGCAAGAUUAGCUUUUGAUCUUGAGCUCUUCUGAAUUCAUGGGUCAUUUUAGAUACCUAAAACCUGUCUGAAAUUAUUAGGUAAACUUGGAAUGACCUAUUGUUGCCAUCACUGAAGGCUAUAGAUGAUAUAAUAUAUUUUUUUAUUCUUACAGUUGCUAUAAUCAUUGUACCAUUUACAGAAGAUAUUUGUAAAGCUGUGUUAAAUUUUGUAUGUAGCUUUAAGGACACUGGUAUUUUGACAUUGAUUUGUCCUUAAAGGGGAGUGAAGAAAGCGCCCUGGAAUACAUGUUCAUCCAUUCCAUUGUAGCCAAGUUAUUAUACUUGUCCACUCAAAUAUGUAAACAGAGAUGUAAACAUAAUGUAGAACAUUUUUAUUGAAAAUUUCAGGAAGUUGUAUAAUGAUCCAAAACACCUGAAAUGGUAUUCAUAAGUUAAAAAUGCAUAAAAAGCAAUUACAACAAUGAUGCAACAAUACAACUUACAAUUCUUUUAUUUUGUUUAAAAUUGUUUCACAAAAAAGUGUAAUGGGAUAAGAUGCACACUCAUUUUGAGUAACAAAUAAAGUUUUAAUGUUAUUCAUAUUUCUGGAAAGCUUACUUUCUGGAUUAAUUUACAUUCUUAAGGCUUCAGUGAUAAAAAAAAAAAAAAAAAGUGUUUCUCUGAAAGUGCUGUUCUUAUGAACAGAAGAAUACAACUGAUUAGGGCUGCAAUAAUUACUCUAUUAGUUGUCAAUUAUUAAAUUAAUCGCCAGCUAUUUUGGCGUCAUUU